UCUUUCGGGAUUUAAGCACGAUAGGCUGAAUACUCUUCGCCAGCAUUGGUUUUGGUCUAUCUGUUUAAUUGAUUUUCUUUGCGUCUGACACGGAAUAUACUUCUAGUUAAAUAGAUACAAUGGAAAAUUGUCACAUUGCAACAGUUUAUUGUGUCUUAGUGUUUCGUUGUCUUUGCGAUUGGUAACUAUAGAAAUCCUACUUUUGGUGUACUAAUUCAUCACUUUGUUUAUGACAGUAAAAUCUAAAUGGCUACAUCUGAAGUUGCCAAGUUUACUACGGACAAUGAUUCACUCAGUACGAUAAAUAACAGUCGUACUGCGGUAGCUCCUGAAGUUUUAAGAUUUACAAAAGACAGAAGAACACUAAGAAAAAAGUUGUUACUACUGAUACUUCUAAUGGUUACGGUAUCAUUAGUAGCGGUGGUAGCUGCUUUCAUUGUUGAGAAAACUAAAGCUGACUCGACCGUGCCUGAAACCUCUUUGAUAUCAAAAGAAUUGUGUUUGACAAAGGAAUGUGUUUUAGCAGCCGCCACUAUUGACCGUUCCAUUGACUACAGUGUCAAUCCGUGUGAUAACUUCUAUAAGUUUGCUUGUGGACGUUGGGAAAAAGAAAAUGUUAUACCAGAAGAUAAAUCAAAUUUAAACAGAUUUGGAAUACUGCAAGACCAAGUGGGCAUUAAAUUGAAAUCUCUGUUAGAGGCACCAAUUGAUCUUCAGGAAUUACAGAGCAUUAAGAAAGCUAAGAUUUUGUAUGCGUCCUGUAAAAAUGUUGGUCUUAUAAAUGAAAGAGGAGAUGAUCAUUUUAAAGAAUAUGUGAUCAAAGAAUUUAGCGGCUGGCCCUUGACAUUUGCCGGAUGGAAUGAAACGAGAUUCAACUUAGAAACAUUAUUGCAGGCUUUAAAUCGUCGUGGAGUCAUGCCUAUGAUACAGUUAUACGUUGGCAUAGACUAUAAAAACUCAAGUAAACAAAUAUUAAAGAUUGAUCAACCCUCAUUUGGCAUGCCAGGUCAGAAAUACUACCAGGUUAAAAGAAACGACACAAUGUUAAUGGCCUAUGAACAUCUAAUACACAAUAUCGGCAGUCUGUUGGGAUUCGCCAAUCAAAGUUCUAGUCUAGAAGAAGCUAAAGCAAUUGUGGACUUUGAGAUUUUAUUAGCCAACAUAUCAAUGCCAAUAGAGCAAAGACGAAAUAGCAAUUUACUGUAUAACCCAAUGACACUGGAAGAAAUUCAAGGAAAUUAUAGUCAAAUUUUGAACUGGACUAAAUAUGUCUAUGAUACAAUGGCACAACUAGACAAUGCAAUGCAAGAUUUCACAAGCCAGGAGAUUAUGAUUAACCAAUCACCAUUAUAUUUUGAGAGAUUAACUACUGUUCUUACUAACACCCCCAAGAGAACUGUGGCAAACUAUUUAAUAUGGCGAUUUAUCAUCUUUGUAUUAAAGACAAGCGCACUCGGAGAAAAAUAUAUGAAUUUACUCACUAACUAUAAUAAGGUUUUAUUUGGCACUUCAUCUGAAAGAGCGAGGUUUAGAAUAUGUGGCUCUUAUACAACGAAUGUGCUACGCUUAGCUGUUGGUCGAAUGUUUAUUGAGAACAAUUUCGACCCUGAUUCCAAAAUAAUAGGGCUCGAUAUGAUCAAAGAACUUCAAGUCGCUUUUGAUGAGCUAUUGGAAGACUUAGAUUGGAUGGAUGAUCCAACCAAGGUGGUAGCCAAAGAAAAGAAUUCUUAUAUCGCUCCGAAGAUUGGCUACCCUGAAGAAAUCAAGAAUGAUACUUAUAUUGAAGAGCUUUAUUCCAAACUUGAAUUCGAUGAGAACUUUUUCGAGAAUAUUUUAAUAGUUGAAAGGGAAUCUUAUUAUGAAAAUCUUAGAGAACUGAGGAAACCAAUUGAUAAAGAAAAAUGGAGUAUAGCACCUUCAACAGUAAAUGCAUUUUAUAAUCCUUUGAACAAUCAAAUUUUAUUUCCUGCAGGAAUAUUACAGCCACCGUUUUUUAGCAAAACCUAUCCAAAAUCAUUAAAUUUUGGGGGCAUUGGUGUUGUCAUAGGCCAUGAAAUAACACACGGUUUUGAUGACAGAGGUCGUUUAUACGACAAGUACGGAAAUUUGGCAAAAUGGUGGUCACCAGACGCAGAAAAUAAAUUCAAGGCCAAAGCACAGUGUAUAAUAGAUCAGUACAGCAACUUUACAGUAACUGAUAUACAUAUGAAGAUCAAUGGUGUAAACACACAAGGAGAAAAUAUUGCCGACAAUGGAGGUCUGAAACAAGCUUAUAGGGCAUACAGAAAUUGGGUCAAAACACAAGGAAAAGAAGAACAGAAUUUGCCUGGAUUACAUUUUUCUAACAAUCAACUGUUUUUCAUUAACUUCGCACAGUUGUGGUGCACUUUAAUGACUGAAGGGGACGCAUUAAAUCGAGUGAGGAUAGGUAGUCACAGUCCUGGAGAAUUUAGAGUGAUUGGAUCUGUUCAAAACUCUCAUGAUUUCGCAACAGCUUUCCAAUGUCCUGUUGGUUCAAGCAUGAAUCCGAUACAUAAAUGUCAUGUAUGGUAAAUGUUUAUGAAUUGCUAUACAAGAAAAAUACUGUGAAAAAAAAUGAAAUAAGGAGAUUAAGAUUUACAGUGUUAACAAACAAGAUUAAUGGAUAUUGAACCCAGUGUUCUCAAUAUUUCAACUUUCAGGAUAUUUUGUAUUGAUUAUUUGUUAUAAGAUCAUGAAUCUUAAAUUUUUUUUUAUUUUUUUUUUUGCAGAUUCUUCAAAAUAUAUUUGUACUUCUAGUUAUUUUAGCUCUAUUAAUGUAAUAUAAAAGAAUAAUAUAAUUUAAAAAAUAAAUAAAUUUUUAAAUAAAUACUUCAUAUAUUUGUAUAAAAUGUAUACAUAAA